UUAAAUGCCCUAAAAUACUUUAUUAACUUGAUUGUCACUUUUCUAAAGUGGAGUAUUUAAGUAGUACUAGUAGAUAAAGCCAUAUGACCCCGCCCGAACCAAAAGAGAAAGGGGUUAGGUAGGCCGUUUCUUCUAGUAUUUCCCUUGUUAAACAAUGCAAAUUAACUCAAAUAAAAUCAAUCAAUUAUAAAUCUAACAAAGUCGAUGAAUUUUUAAUAUAUUAACAAAUUAAAUUUUUUUAGUUGGGAUGAGUAACGUAUUAAUUUAAACCGAGUAAAUCGUCAAAAAUAAUGAAGUCCUAUUUAUGAGUACACGUAUUCUAAUACAAUUCGGAAACUAAACAAGGCCGUAGUACGUGUAUAUGUAUAUAUAUAUAUAUCCCAACUUCCCAUGAUUAUCUCAGUAGAGAUUCAAAUCGCGAGUAGUUUCUCUGUACCCACAUUGCUGCCAAACCAUUUCAAAUUCCACCCAAAAUAGAAAACCUAAAUUAAACCUCACAGAAUGGAGAGUGCCAGCGGCGCCGCCGUUGUGAGCGAAAGCCGCAGAGAAUUGUUGAGCACCGAUACGAUCCAGCCGUCGUGGAGGCUCAACUUGGAUGCGUUCCGCUUGCCUGAGCGCGAGUCCGACAAUCGCCACUCCGCUUUCAACAUCCGGCGUCUCUUCAGGAACAAAAGAAAACAACGAAAAGUUGCUGAGUAUUACAAACAGCAGGAAAGACUUCUGGAAGGAUUCAAUGAAAUGGAGACAAUCCAUGUAUCUGGUGCUUUAGCAGAUGCUCUUACUGAGGAUCAACUGAAACAGGUUGCACAGAGCGAGAGGCUAGCUGUUAACAUAUCUAACAUUGCCAAUUUGAUCCUUUUCAUUGCAAAAGUGUAUGCUUCACUUGAGAGCAGAUCUUUAGCUGUCAUUGCAUCAACCAUGGAUUCUUUCCUUGACCUCUUAUCUGGGCUGAUCUUGUGGUUUACAUCGCAUGCUAUGAAAAAUCCAAACCAGUAUCAUUAUCCAAUUGGAAAGAAAAGGAUGCAACCAGUGGGCAUCAUUGUUUUUGCUUCUGUCAUGGCAACACUGGGAUUGCAAAUUAUACUGGAGUCUGUUCGGCAACUCAUAUCAAAGACUGGCCCUGAGAUGAACCAUAACCAAGAGAUGUGGAUGAUAGGCAUCAUGGUAUCUGUAACUGUAGUGAAGUUUGCACUUAUGGUUUAUUGCCGCCGAUUUAAGAAUGAGAUUGUGAGUGCCUAUGCUCAAGAUCAUUUCUUUGAUGUCAUCACCAACUCUGUCGGAUUAGCCACUGCUGUUUUGGCGGUCCGUUUCUACUGGUGGAUAGAUCCUACAGGAGCCAUGAUUAUUGCAGUUUACACAAUCAACACUUGGAGUAGGACUGUGUUUGAAAACGUGGGGUCGCUAAUUGGAAGAACAGCACCUCCAGAUUUCCUCACGAAAUUGACUUAUCUGAUAUGGAAUCAUCAUGAGGAAAUCCAGCACAUUGACACAGUAAGGGCAUACACAUUUGGUACACAUUACUUUGUGGAGGUCGACAUUGUGCUGCCGCAAACUAUGAUGCUGGGCGAAGCACAUAAUAUUGGCGAAACGCUACAAGAAAAGCUGGAGCAACUGUGUGAGGUGGAGAGAGCAUUUGUUCACAUUGACUUUGAGUUCACUCAUAGACCGGAGCACAAGACCAAAGUCUGAGCAGCUAAUACUUUAAAAACCCUCAGCCUUUGAGUUAACUAUACUUUAGUAUUCGUUAAGGUGUUAAAACAUGUUUUUGUCUAUUAAUUCAUCAAGUUUAUAGUAUAGAGCUUCUACAUUUUCUUCCCUUGCAUAAUCUAUAUUCUCGUGUCUGGUUGCCUUCGGAUUUGAUGGAAAAAUAAAUUAUGAAGAUAAAAAUUUCUUUA